UCUGUCAAAAAAUCCAACAUGGCAGUGUUAAAUGUCUAAAACUCUUAUAAGAUUAUUGAUAGUUUCCUUGUGCAAUAUGUAACAAUUUAGUGUAUAAAGUGUAGUUUUGUGUAUCGUUAGUUAAAAACAGACGUCAACAUGUCCGAGUUGCAAAAAACAGCCAUCGGGGACGUGAAAAAUCCCGAAGAAAUCAUAAAAAUGUCCGUGAACGAUAGUUUGAAAUUCGCCGUUUUAAUUGGACUCAUUGAGGUUGGACAGGUGUCGAACAGAGAAGUGGUCAACACGGUCCUUCAACUGUGCUCCUACAUCCGACAAAUUGCUGAAUAUGACUACUGUAAACUAAAAUGUAUGCCUGGAGCAGUCGACAACACGCCAUGCCUGAGACAUUUAAAUUGCCAGCCGGUCGCUGGAUGUUUCGAGAUAGAAAUGGACAAACAAAAAAGGAGGGAAUUUCUCGAGAUGCAUAAUCAGUUACGGAAUAAGUUUGCAGGUGGCGACGACGAUAAGUGGACUGACGUGAAGGCGUCAAACAUGAAAGCCUUGUCAUACGAUCUAGAACUGGAAUACCAAGCUAGAUGCUGGGUAAACAAGUGCAAAACUGGCCACGACAAGUGCAGGAUCACCAAAAACCAUCCGUCCGUCGGCCAAAAUUACUACUGGACCUCCAUAAAAGUGAUCAACUUAACAACCGCAAUCGAAUCGUUUUACAGCGAGAAGGAUAACAUAGACGCCGGGCAGUUCGAUCAUUUCACAUCAACGUCUUCAAGGAUCGUAGAUUUCACCCAGAUGGUGUGGGCUCAUACGCUUUUCGUCGGCUGUGCCGCCGCCAAGGAUGCAACCGGCAAUCACAUCGUGUGCAAUUAUGCGCCGGCCGGUAACUUCGUGAACGAAUCGAUGUUUUUGAAGGGGGAGCCUUGUUCGAAUUGUCCGGAGAGGAGGUCGUGCAACCAGAAAUACGUGAACCUGUGCGGGGCCAUCAUGGACGUUCCUGCCGAGAAAUGGUCCUCCGCUUCUUCAGCUCCAAGAUUAUUUAAAAUAUCCAAUGUUAUUACUGUGUUGUUGAUGAAUUAUAUUUAUUUGUAUGUUAUUCAAUAAAAUGUAUUAAAUGUG